AAAGCCACCCCCAAGGCCCCCACCCCGCACGCGCGGCACAGCCCACCAAGUUCGAAACCAGAGCGGCGGCGGCGGCGCACCGGCACCGCAGCAAUCAAUGGCGCGCUGCAGUAACGGGCUGCUGGGCCUGCUCAACGCCGGCGUGCUCGUCCUCUCCCUCGCGGUCCUGGGCGGCGGCAUCUGGCUGAGCCACCGCGCCGCCACCACCGACUGCGAGCGGUUCCUGGAGCGGCCCGUCAUCGCGCUCGGGGCGCUGCUCCUGGCGCUCUCCCUCGCGGGGCUCGCCGGCUCCCUCUGCCGCGCCUCCUGCCUCCUCUGGCUCUACCUCGUCGCGCUCUUCCUCCUCAUCGCGCUCCUCCUCGUCUUCACCGUCUUCGCCUUCGCCGUCACCAACCGCGGCGCCGGCUCCGUCGUCUCCGGGAGGGGCUACAGGGAGUACCGCCUCGGGGAGUACUCCACCUGGCUGCAGCGCCGGGUCGAGAACCACGAGAACUGGGCCAGGAUCCGGAGCUGCCUCCAGGACGGCCAGGUCUGCCGGAAGCUCGCGGCCAGGAGGGAGACCCCGCAGCAGUUCGCCGCCAGCCACCUCUCCCCGAUCCAGUCCGGAUGCUGCAAGCCCCCAACUGGAUGCAACUUCACCUACCAGAGUGAGACUGUCUGGAUCAAACCUGCUGGCCUCAACUCUACGGAUGACCCCGACUGCAACAUGUGGUCAAAUGAUCCGCGUGCUCUCUGCUAUGGCUGCCAGUCAUGCAAGGCUGGAGUGCUCGCGAACCUGAAGAAUGACUGGAAGAAGAUCGCCACCGUCAACAUCAUAUUCCUCAUCUUCCUCAUCGUCGUCUACUCUGUUGGGUGCUGCGCUUUCAGGAACAACCGGCAGGACAACUCACACCCAGCCUGGAAAUGAGAUGCAUGGCGAUGCUUAGGUAAUUAGGCCCGUGUCUAGUGCUAUUGGCUCAUUGUCGUGUGUCAAGCACCACUAUCAUCUAUCAUAUAUCUCCGAUGAUGAGUGAACCAUAUAUAGCAUGCACAUUUAUAGCCUGCACAUGCUGCUAUCUUGCCCUCAGAUGAUCUUGUAUGGAGGCCUCCUAUUAUCAUGAUAUGGUGAUAAGUUGCAUAUGUUCAUUCUGGU